GGGGGCAUGGCCUCCCCGCCGCCCCCCGGUCCCCUCCGCCCUCCGGGCCCCCCCGGUAGCGGCUGCAUCUCGCUGUGGACCGUGGUGGCCGCGGUGCAGGCGGUGGAGAAGAGCGUGGAGGCCCAGGCCGCCCGGCUGCUGGGGCUGGAGCGCAGGACGGUGACCACGGAGAAGAAGUACGUGGACUGCGAGAGGACGGUGGUGGAUUUCGGCAACCAGCUGGAGAGCAAGCUGGCCGUGCUGGGCACCCUGGUCCAGGAGUACGGGCACCUCCAGCAGCGCCUGGAGAGCGUGGAGAACCUGCUGAGGAACAGGAACCUCUGGGUGCUGCGCCUGCCCCCCGGCCCCCGGGGAGAGGUGCCCAAGGCCCCAGAAGGGUUUGACAGCAACGCCGCUGGCUUCUCCGAGCAAGAGUGGGAGAACCUGGAGGAAUGGCAGAGGGAGCUGUACAAAAACAUGCUGCGAGGGAACAGCGAAUCUCUGAUCUCUCUGGAUUACGCAAUCUCCAAACCCGACCUCCUGUCCCGGCUUCAGAGAGAGGUGCCCUGCGAUGAGGUGGCUUUGGGAGAGAGGGAGAGUGCUGUGGAGCCAAGCGCAGCAGAGUCUCUGGUGUUUAGACCUGAUGCAAGCAGCCAGGACAGCAAAGGAGUGCAGUGCCUGACAGAACAGGAGGACCUGGAGGCAAAAGCAGUGUUGGCAGACCCCACACCUGCAGAGUACGGCAUUCCAGAGCCGAGCUUCGCGGGCGCUCUGAAGCAAGAGGACGAGCUGUGCACGGAGGAGCAGGAGGCCACGGAGGACAUGGAGUUCACUGAGCUCAGUGUGGUUCCAGCAGAUGAGGUGAUAGCGUUCAAAAUAGAGCAGCUGGACUCCGAUGAAUGCCUGCAGAGCUCGGAGUCCCCCACGGCUUUAUCCGGGGAACCGGAGGAGGUGGUCUUCCAGGGUCCCAGCGAGGCGCUGCCCUUUGAUGGUCAGUACGGCUCUCCCGUGCCCCUGGGAAACCAGAGCACAAGCAGGCUGGUGCCAUCCGCUCACGGGGAAGGUGGUCUGGGUGAAAUCAGCACCGUCACGCUCUACAGGCAAGACUGUCCUGAGGAGAGGCCCCACUCCUGCGCCGCGUGUAGGAAGGGCUUGUGCCUGAAGAAGAUGCUGAUGAUGCAGCAGCAGAGUCACGGCACGCUGUGCGGCAGUGAGUACACCGAGGACGGGGAGGUCUUCCUCCAGCAGCAGCACCAGCAGAUCCACGUGGAAGACAGGUCCCACGUGGCCAGGGGCAGCUUCAGGCAGAACCAGAACGCAAAAGCCCGGGCCAAGGCGCGUGGCUCUGAGAAACCGAGCCAGAAGAGCCACGCACGGGGAAGGGCUUACAAGUGCAACAAGUGUCAGGAGUUCUUCCCCCAGAAGAAAACCCUCAUCAUCCACCGCCGCGUGCACUCGGGCCGCAGCCCAGGGGUCCUCUGGUGCUCGUACUGCGGCAAGACCUUCAGCCAUCCCUCCAACCUGACCCGGCACCAGAGGAUCCACACCGGGGAGAGGCCGUACCAGUGCACCGAGUGCUCAAAGCGCUUCACCCAGAAGCAGCACCUCCUCCAGCACGAGAAGAUCCACCUGCGUGAGAGGAACUGUGUGGCUGGCAGUCGUGUGAGGGAGGCGCCGCUACACAGCUUCUAA